AUGGCGGAAUCACCGGUUUUCAUGGAUUUCAAAAUCACCGAUCUCGUUCCACCUUUGAAGGGGGAAUCCAACUGGACACAAUGGAAGAAUUUGCUCAGGAUCGCCCUGGAUGGAAAAAACCUCACAUAUUGGGGUCUUCUCACUGGCAUUGAGAAGCGUCCAAAGGAUCUCUCUAAACCGGAAUCGGAUACAAACGGUGAUGUGUUCGAAGAAGAUGUUGACCCUGCUUCUGUGCUAGUUCCGGGAAAUGCUCCUUCUGGGUUUCAUCGACCCGCUGUCCCUAACCCGACAAGGGCUCGACUCACUGCUCGUGCCAAGAAGCAGGCUGAAUGGGAUCAACGUAAUGCAAUUGUUCUAAUGUACAUGGCUUCCACGGUUGACAUCACUAUGUUAGUUUACUUCCGUGGAGGUAAAACAGCUGCGCAGAUUUAUGAAGAUCUUCGAGAGCUCUGUGAAGCAAAGAGCCUCUAUGCUGUGAGUAACAAAGCCAUCAAAUGGGCUACUUGGAAGUACAAAACUGGCGUCAAACCGGAAGACUUUGUCACCAAGUGGCUUCAUCUCUUUGUGGAGAUGCAGGACGCAUACCCUGUCUCUGAACGUGUGUCUUCUCUUCAUGCUAUCCACGUGUUCUUACAUGCUGUUGCUAGCAACCCUGCCUGUCAACACUGGUUGAACACCGUCUCAAUCCAUGAGAAUUGGUCGUACGAUCGCAAUCUCCGGAACAUUUAUGGAGACUUUAUUGCUUCUGAAGGACGUCGGAUUGGCAAUGAUCGUACUUAUCAACUGCAACAAGCAUCGUCAAAUGUUGCUUCGACACGAAAGAAGGGCUUUAACAAAGGAAAAGGCAAAGACAAAUCGGCUUCUAAGGACUCUGACAGUUCUUCGUACCACUGCCCAUUCCACGAUCGGAUGACUAGUCACAAGCCACGCGAGUGCUUCUUGAAUCCAAAGAACAAGAAGAAGAACAAGAAGGGAAAGCCUGAAUCGGCCAACAAUGCAUCGGCAAAUUCCUAUAGAUUCUAA